CCUUCCCGGUCUGCGUCCGCGCUCACGGCUUCAGCUUGCAUCAUCUCCAGCCUGCGGCUGCUCCGGGGAGGCUGGGCGCGGCGCAACCCUCUCCGCCGGUGGCUCCAGCACUUGCUCCGCGCCUCUCGUCGCCCUUCUCGCACCUGGUCCUGAUCCAGGCCGGGAGACCCCCGGGGCCGCUUCCCAGAACCUGCGGAGCUCAGUGGCCGAUCUCCCGCCACCUCUAGCUGGGAGCGGCGUGCAGCGCCAUGGAGAAGAGCAACGAGACCAACGGUUACCUCGACAGCGCCCAGGCGGGGCCUGCGGCCGGGCCUGGAGCUCCGGGGACCGCGGCGGGACGCGCCGGGCGUUGUGCGGGCUUCCUCCGGCGCCAAGCGCUGGUGCUGCUCACCGUGUCCGGGGUGCUGGCGGGCGCGGGCCUGGGCGCGGCGCUGCGCGAGCUCAGCCUGACCCGCACGCAGGUCACCUACCUGGCAUUCCCGGGCGAGAUGCUGCUCCGCAUGCUGCGCAUGAUCAUCCUGCCGCUGGUGGUCUGCAGCCUGGUGUCGGGCGCCGCCUCCCUCGACGCCAGCGCCCUCGGGCGUCUGGGCGGCAUCGCCGUCGCCUACUUUGGCCUCACCACACUGAGUGCCUCUGCGCUCGCCGUGGCCUUGGCAUUCAUCAUCAAGCCGGGGUCCGGUGCGCAGACCCUUCAGUCCAGCGACCUGGGGCUGGAGGACUCAGGGCCUCCUCCCGUCCCCAAAGAGACGGUGGACUCUUUCCUCGACCUGGCCAGCUGGGGCUCACCGCACAAUCGAAAGAGCAGGGCUGCAUCUUUGAGCAAGCACCAGUUUCUACCGUUAGGUGGGCGUGUGUUAGGAAAGAGCCAGCCGCCCCACCUGUUCUUUACUCCUUAUACUCUCGCGCUGCUCUCCCCGCCCAUGAAGCUACUGGGUGAAUGUGAGGAGUUGGAAAAGUGCCUGAAGACAGAGCUCUGGGAAGCAAAACUGUUUGCCCGAGAGGCAGCUGAUCCCAGAUUAGAAGAGAGCUCACGACGAGAGCGCGGGAGUGCCCUUGGCGUCUCUAGUUCGGUCUUCACCUGUGCACUAACAGUGGGUUUUUCUUCCUCUUCAUCACAGUAUGCAACCGAUUAUAGAGUCGUGACCUACAGCAGCAGCUCUGGAAAUGUAACCCAUGAAAAGAUCCCCAUGGGCACUGAGAUCGAAGGGAUGAACAUUUUAGGAUUGGUCCUGUUUGCUCUGGUGUUAGGAGUGGCCUUAAAAAAACUAGGCUCCGAAGGAGAAGACCUCAUCCGUUUCUUCAAUUCCCUCAACGAGGCGACAAUGGUGCUGGUGUCCUGGAUUAUGUGGUACGUACCUGUGGGCAUCAUGUUCCUUGUUGGAAGCAAGAUUGUGGAAAUGAAAGACAUCAUCGUGCUGGUGACCAGCCUGGGGAAAUACAUCUUCGCAUCUAUAUUGGGCCAUGUUAUUCAUGGAGGAAUUGUUCUGCCACUUAUUUAUUUUGUUUUCACACGAAGAAACCCCUUCAGAUUCCUCCUGGGCCUCCUCGCCCCAUUUGCGACAGCAUUUGCCACCUGCUCCAGCUCAGCGACCCUUCCCUCUAUGAUGAAGUGCAUCGAAGAGAACAAUGGUGUGGACAAGAGGAUCAGCAGGUUUAUUCUCCCCAUCGGGGCCACUGUGAACAUGGAUGGAGCAGCCAUCUUCCAGUGUGUGGCCACGGUGUUCAUUGCCCAGCUCAACAACGUAGAGCUCAAUGCAGGGCAGAUUUUCACCAUUCUGGUAACCGCCACAGCGUCCAGUGUUGGAGCAGCAGGCGUGCCAGCUGGAGGGGUCCUCACCAUUGCCAUUAUCCUGGAGGCCAUUGGGUUGCCUACUCAUGACCUGUCUCUGAUCCUGGCUGUGGACUGGAUUGUGGACCGUACCACCACAGUGGUGAAUGUGGAAGGGGAUGCCCUGGGCGCGGGCAUUCUCCACCACCUGAAUCAGAAGGCAACGAAGAAAGGCGAGCAGGAACUGGCUGAGGUGAAAGUGGAAGCCAUCCCCAACUGCAAGUCUGAGGAGGAGACGUCACCCCUGGUGACACACCAGAAUCCCCCUGGCCCCGUGGCCAGUGCCCCAGAGCUGGAAUCCAAGGAGUCGGUUCUGUGAGGAGGCUGGGCUUUGGGCUUGCCUGCCAGCAGUGGUGUCCCACCCUGUUCACCCAGCCGCCAGUCGUGGACACAGGGCACUGCCCCUGCCAACUUUUAAUCUCCCAAGCAAUGCUUUGGCUCAGUCGCUGGCCUGAGGCUUACCUCUCGGCACUGGCCUCAGGCUCCCCAGCAGGAACUGAUUACCAAGGACCAGGACACUCUAACAUUUGGCUUAAUCCAUGUCCAGGUGCAACUGUGUGUACACCAGGGAUCUGUUUGGACCCCUUGAGCUGCCAGGCUCAAGAAACCAUGGACUCACAGGGUCCUGUGGUCACACCUUGGAAAAAUGCAGAUGUAUUUCACUGUCCCUGGUCAGCUCUGUGUCAGAUGUUUUCUAAGCAAACCAAGGGGGUUUAUAGUCACCUAUUGCAUUGCCUCGAGUUGUAGUAAUUGAAAAAAUACCCAAAUUCUUAGCUGGACUUUGCUGGGCUGGGACUCAGGUGUUUAAAGAGUUUGUGCUAUAGCUAGGUGUGGGUGGCUUCUGAUUCCUGGGUCCUGGGAGACUGCAGGUGCCGUACAGCGUCAAGUUAGAAAUACUCCAGGUGGUGUUAGCACUGUGGGUGGGGGGUGGUUUCUGGUCCACAGCCUUAGGUAAACAUCUUAGAUUCUGAGGUCAAAGAAAAAAGGAGAGGGAAUGCAGCCUUGUGGGGGCGGGUGGGGGAGCGGAGGGUUCUCUAAUCAGGACAGGACAGGUUUCACACACAGUUGUCCCAGUUCUCAUCCCAGCCCUAGGGCACUUUUCUCCCUCCUUCCAGAGGCCUGGGCCUCUGACAACACUGUAGCUUUAUCUCCAUUCACUCUGAGUUGGCAACAGGCCAGAGAGGGGCCUCCUUCCCUGGGGAAGUGUGAUGUAGUAAUAUUCAGGACACUUGUUGGUUUAUCAGUCUAUUAUAUGAAUUCAACCGGACUCUGUAAAAUGCUGCACUGCAGCAAAAACAACAGCCACCACCCCAGAGAAAACCAUGUACUAACUGGAGUGAGGCACCCCCAUUCACAGAUUCCCAGGUCCCCUGGCUUUGGCUGACUUCAAAAUAUAGAUCCCUUUCUUGCCAGUAUAUCCACAUUUAAAAUUAUCAGCGAAAUGGUCCACGCUUUUCCAGUUACCUGCUGAUGUGGUUCUAAUCUUCUAAUCUAACUAAGGAGCUUUCAUAAAGGAGUUUACCAGUGAGAGGGAAGAUCUGAGAACCUGCUGUUUGACUGUGGUUGUUGACACGUAUUCAUGAUGUAACAGGUCCUGGGGCCUCACUUUACCCCAUUUGUAAGAUGGGGCUAAUGUCACCUGCCUCUUACCUACCUCAAAGGGAUUUGGUGAGGCAAACUGUUAAUCUGUGAAAAUGACCAUUUCACUUCUUGGCUAUCAAGUGCCACCCCAGUAUGCUCUUCUUUUUUGUGUAGGGGACAGCUUUCUCUACCCAGUCCUUCUGCUGGUGAGGACAGCCUUUCUGAGCAGAGCUUUGUUCUCUAUGCGCAUUAGGACUUUUAUCUAUGCCACUUGUUCUGUGUGUAAUUAGCAUCAAACACAGCCUCUUCCUCAUGUCCUUCAGGUUUUCACGAACUAGUGACCCCACCUUCCACUAUGGUUCUGGGCACUUCGCUGUGACUCCCAGACCCAGGCACUGUUUCUGCCACCCUGUAACAGGCCAUUAAAGCACCCCAGUGUUCAGCCUCCUUCA